AGGGAAUGCUAAUGCUGGCCGCUACUUCCUUCUUCCCAGCCGAGAUUGAUCAGAACUUAGUUCUGGAGAGCUUCCUUCCUUCCUCUUCUUCUGCGCCAGCAAUGGAUUCUCGCGCCGGGUCCUUCAAUCCUCACAAGCAUCUCAAAGAAGAAUUCGUCAGCAAUCUGACGGGAUCGUCCAUGCUGGAGAUCGCCGCCCUCUCCACCGUCGUCCCCGUCAUCGUGCUCCUGCGUCACUCGCUCGGCUCCCGCUCUCCGUCCGAUCUCAGUCACAAGGACGCUUCGUCAAAGAACAACCAUGACUCAUUAGUUUCUCCUAAGAGCUGGAGGGCUUACAUGGUGACUUUGACAAUGGAUUACCUAUGUAUUAUUGUCCCCAUGCUGUUAUCUUUCACUGUUCUAUCAGAGUGGACGUACUUGUCAACAAUUUUGUUAACAUUUUCUCUGUUUCUAUCUGCAGCAAUCAAAAGAUUUUAUUCUUCUCUUCCUUCAAGAGUGGCACCUGAUUCUUUGAGGACAGAUAUUUCAUUGUACAGGGUUUGCAUGAUGAUUGUGACUUGUUUGUGCAUCUUGGCUGUUGACUUUAGAAUAUUCCCGAGGAGAUACGCUAAAACUGAAACUUUUGGCACUGGAUUGAUGGAUCUUGGCGUUGGCUCAUUUGUGGUGGCAAAUGCUUUGGUAUCAAGACAAGCUCGGAAUAUUUCAUCUGUGAAUCUGAUGACGGCACUAAGAAAUACCAGUCCUCUAAUUGCUUUAGGAUUUGGACGGCUUGUUUCUACAGCUGGUGUAGAUUAUCAGGUUCAUGUUGGGGAGUACGGAGUACACUGGAAUUUUUUCUUCACCCUUGCUGCCGUCUCAUUGCUAACCUCUUUAAUAAACAUUUCUCCCAAGAAUUGCGGGAUACUAGGUUUCUCAAUUUUGAUAGGCUAUCAAAGUUGCCUCAUGCAGGGGUUAAACUCUUACCUAAUUUCCAGUGAAAGAGGUUCCAGCAUCAUUAGUCAGAAUAAGGAAGGAAUAUUCAGCAUUUUUGGAUAUUGGGGCAUGUACCUUGUUGGCGUUCAGUUAGGCAAUUAUCUCUUCUUUGGAAGCGAGACCUCUGCUACAAAGAAAGGCACAGAAUGGGCAAGAAGAAGGGUAUGGAUUGUUGCUCUGCUCUUCUGGUUAUUGACAAUAAUUCUGGACAGGCAUGUUGAACGUGUUUCACGUAGAAUGUGCAACCUGGCUUAUGUUACUCUUGUGUUGGCACAAAACUUCCAGGUAUUAGCCAUACUCAUGCUAUCUGAUUAUGUUGGUGGGAACAAAAGUACAGUUCUUGAGGAUGCAUUCAACCGGAAUUUACUGGGUUCAUUCCUCCUGGCAAAUGUGCUAACGGGUGUGGUUAACUUGUUUUUCGAGACUUUGUUUGCGUCAGCACUCACAUCCCUAGCCAUCUUAUUGCUUUAUGCCUAUGUGUUGUCUGUGAUCACCGGGACUCUAGAAUUUUACGGCAUUAGGCUAAAGUUUUGGUAGGGAAUAUUACUUUAAUCCUCUCUAUUUGUACGUUAUGCCGGUGACUAUAUACCAUGUUAAUCUCAACCUUCGUGCACUUGGCACCAUUGCAUUGGGAAAGUUCCACUGUUAGUAACUUUGGUCUGUAUAUCAAUUAUUAAUCUAAUAUGUCUAGUGUGAGGAACUUAACUAA